AUGCCCGUGCCUCAGGAUUGGCACACCCUAGCAAGCGACAUUGUCGCCAGCUACAAGGAGCCGGGCAACUCCCCGGUGCAAGAGCAGAUCUUCAAACAGUGCAUCCGCGUGCUUUCGCUGGACGCGGCCAAAGACGAAACGCAUCUUUUUUGCCGCGAGACACUCAACGUGAUCUCCGGCCAUACCUUGAUCAUGUUUUCGUUUCCGGGCACCACCAGCCCGAUGCUCCAGGUGGUCGAGGACCGCAUGGCCCGCAGCUUGCUGUGCUGCUGCACUUGUGUGCGGGCUUUCUACACCAGCCUCUCGCAGCUCAGAUCUCGUUUUGUCUUGGUGCGCCGCAUUUCCGUGGAGCAAGUGCUCAAAUUCUUGGCCAUUGUGGACGACUGGGUGUUCCGCCGCUUGGAGCCGCGCGUGCACCAGAGCAGCCAGGCGACGGCCUCGGCACUGCUUGAUUCCGUGCGGCUGACGCUCUAUGAGUAUCUCUCCAACGUGUCCUUGCUCCGCACAAAGCCGACGUUCAGAAGCGCGGUGGCCACGCUCAUCCUGUCCUCGGGCGCUGCGGAGUUUUUGCAGCCAGACCAUCUUUUGCCGCUGUCCGUGUUCUACUAUGUGGAGGGAAACAGCGCAGAGUCGGCGUUUGCCCAGCUGCAUCUCAAGACGCUCCAUGGAUCGGCAGUGACUCUCGAUCCGCAGGUCGUGGACGAGAUCCUCCACCAGUGCUACCGGCUUCAGAACCUGCGGUACUUCUCGCAGGAUUUCAGCCUCCGGUUCUGGCAGAUGAUGUCCGUUGUGCUCGACCUCUGCCCGGGGGAGGAGUUCUCAAAAUUGCUCGAGACGUCCGAGCUCGAGGCCUGGAGCGCGUACACACAGAUCCGGCUCUCGCCGUUGGUCCGCGUCUUCUUCAACAACUUGUUGGCGUGCUUGGACAAGCCGUUCCCUGUUCUCCUCGACGUAUUUGGCCGUCUUCUCCGGCGUUUCGGCAGCAGGCUCUGGGCCAUGGCUCCCGAGUUCCACUUCACCAACGUGUUGGAUGCCGUGUUGCGUAGCCCGCUCUACCAUAAGCACUUGCACCUCGCAUCAGUCAGUGGCAACCCGGAGCAAAUGCUGAAGCCGCUUUUGGAGUGGAUCCCGUGCCUUGUCAGCAGUCUUUCAGGACCGCAAAAACAAACCGCCGCAAUCAAAUUCACGGAUUUCUUGGUGCACCGAGAAAAGUCUGAGCCUGGCAGCGCCCGCGUCGACUCAGCUGAACUCUUGCAUGCGUGUUUCGAGACACUAGACGACUCGCUAGACUCAGCUGCUCUCUCGGUCUCGUUGCUUAAGAUGCUGGAUGCGCGCAUGACCGUCAACCGAUACGCAGAGUACUUCGUCAACCUUGCCCGAAAUGGCUCCAAACACGCAAAUGCCCUUGUGUGUGUUUGCCUCAAGUACGACAUCAUUGUGGCUUCGCACAACUCGUCUGUUCUCCAGCAGAAAAAAAGCCCCACGUUAUUCGAGGCGAACAAUGCAUUAUGGGCAGCUUUGGCCAGAGCUCCAUUUACUCUGGCCGCAUUUGCGUCAGGCAUCCUCAGCUCCUUCACCGACGCUCUGUCUGUGAUCAUUUUCAAGGACACGAAGGACGCUCAGCUCACACGGGAGCUUGACGCCUCUUUGAAAAUACAUAAUAGAGACACAGAAGCGUUGUGCAAAAACGUGUCUAUUAUUCUCGAAAAGAUCGGUCUCAUGGACGUGGACGAUCUCAAGGCUGUUCUUGCCACCGAAUCGUGUCUGGAGGGAAUAUGGAGCUGCAUCUUCAACACGCUGAUGAGUCAGGCAGCCCUUACGCUCGUAUCUCAGGUCUUCGACUCAGAAGACCGUUAUGAAGGUAUUUUUGCCUUACUCAACAGCUCCCUUCGUGUGAACAUAAUGGCCAUCAACAAGUCAUUGUGCAAAAUAGCAACAAUGUCUGCAUAUGAACCGUGCCCUAAAGCACUUCGAAUCUUGAUGGAUAUCAUCAAUGCGCUCACUGGUCCUUUGAAUGGUAUACUCAACACGCAAUCAAAUCAUCACGUCGACUCAAUACUGGUCAUUCGUGAUUUCUGGGAGUCUAGCUGGCGGUUCUUGGUGAUGAUAUACAAAAGGACCCUUGUUUGGGCUGGCCUUUACCAUUUAUCUGACUUGAUUGAAUUCACGCGCGAUACACUUGACACGAGUCAUUUACUAUUGGAUUCCUUCAGAGUCUUGAUGGAUUACUUUGCAAACUCGAGCUUCAAAAGCUCCCUCUUUGACACUUUUAUGGCCACAUUCAUACACCUCAUCGUGUGGUUGAGGUUGGGUGAUACAUCCCUUUUAUACUCUUGCGUAAAUUUGGUCUUCAAGGGAUUUGAUCUUGCCAAAGAACUUGACGCUCGUGUCGAUAAGGAUUUCAUUGUCAUGUUUGCUAAAUAUGGCGCAAAGGCGAAGAAAUUUAACAACAAAUUAACUGAGCAACAGCGAAGCUUAAUUCUAGCGAAAGCAAGCGAAUUUGAUGCUAAGCUAGUUCAGUAUGUGAUUGACGAGAGCGCAAAAGAACGCCUGAGUAUGACUCCUCCAGUCAAUAGAGAUGCCAGAAGCGAGCAACCAAAGGCGCCUUCCUACAUCUAUCAGACACAUAACAAAGGAUCGAAGCAGUCUACUCUCGCCAGGUUCGGAGUCGUCACUACUCAGGCUCCUGUUGCUCCACCACCUCCGAAACCCUUCAAGCUGAACAACCUUGAAGCCAUUAGAAGUGAGCUCAAGAACAAUAGAGCUCCACCUAAGCCCGUCAUUAACCCUGCGCCACCACGGCCAGCCGGCUUCAACCAUAAGUCUACGGCUGUCGGGCGCUCUUUGAAUGCAUUAAAAAACAGGAAGCAUGAUUCAGACUCUUCAGAUGAGGAUGCUGAAAAUGAUGUGGACACAUCUGAUCUUUUCCUCGACAGCAAGAAGAAACCCAAGAUCAUUGAAGUUGAUAUAAACGGAAGACGGGUUCAAAAAAUGCCAUUGGCAAAAAAGGUUGACACCAAACGGCAGGAAGAAGAACGGAUGCGCCAGCGUUUGAACGUGAACUUGAAGCCCCUUUACUCAACUGUUUUAAGAUGGAACUACAAUACAAAUAGUGAGUUCCCCACAGAAGAUCGAGACAUUUACAAACCAAUCAAAGACUCUUACAGCUCUGCGAAAGAGUAUGUUUCAGAGAUUGAGCCUUUGCUCAUGUUGGAAUGUUGGCAGGGUAUUCAAUCGUCACGGGUCACUGGCCAGGAGCUUCCUUUUGAGCUCUUGCUUGGAAGUAGAGUUACAUGUGACGGUUUCUUCGAUGUCCAUGGCUCUAUGAAAAAAACAGAAUUGGCCGCCAGAAAAAUUGGUGAAACGGAUCUCCUAGUCCUUGGCUAUGUGGCAGACAAGGAUAUCUCGUCGCCGCAUGAAAUUUCGAAGUAUCUAAAACUGCAAGAUUCUCAAACUUGUUUGGCUAAAGUGAGAGAAAUCAAGUCUGCUAAUCAAAACUAUAGCGACAUAACAGUAAGGGUAUAUCCUCAAGGUUCCAUGGUUGGUUUGUUGAGUCCACAAGCUGUCAUUGUGGGUAUGAAAGUCAUGCAAAUGAUAACUGUCGAGAGAGAAUUCUCUUCUUUGAGAGGUCUUCCAUAUUACGACUUGUGCGAUGAAAUUUUAGCAGGGAAACCAUGUGAGGCGAAACCAAUCUCGGAUGCUGAAGCUAGCAGUAUGUGUGGUAAGCUUGGCGUAAACAUGUCUCAAGCAAAAGCGAUCAUUGGAGCAAACCGAGAUGAAGGUUUUUCAUUGAUUCAAGGACCACCUGGAACAGGAAAAACCAAAACCAUUUUGGGAAUUGUGGGACAUUUUCUUUCUUCAGUGUCUGCAAACCCACAUACUAUUAUCACGCCUGUUCUGGCCACUUCCGCAUCAUCAGAAGAGACUAAGCCAGUCAAAAAAGUUUUGAUCUGUGCACCAAGUAAUGCUGCAGUGGAUGAACUAGUAGUGCGCUUGAAGGAUGGUGUUGUCAAUGACAGUGGACACUUGACUACUCCUAAAAUAGUACGUCUAGGACGGCCAGACGCAAUGAAUGCUUCUGUUCGUCAUUUGUGUCUAGAAGAGCUCAUCGAAGGGCAAUUGAAGGCCCGUUAUGCUGCUGUUGAUCCCAGCAUUCGCUUGGAAAUCAACAAAUGCAUCUCCGAAAAAGACCGUCUUAAAGAAGCUCUAAAAAGGGAAGAUCUAAGGGACCCAGAAAUUGUGGAAUUGCAGGCUCAGUUGCAAGACAUUAACAAAAAGAGAAGUGAGCUCAGUCGCCGCCUUGAAGAACAGAAAGAAAAUGCGGCAGUUGCUUAUCGUACUCGAGAAAUUGAAAAAAGGCAAGCCCAAGCUAAAAUUUUGAGUGAGGCCCAGGUGAUUUGCUCAACGUUGUCAGGGUCUGCUCAUGACUUUUUGGCAAGUAUGUCUAUGAAAUUCGAUCAAGUCAUUAUUGACGAGGCUUGUCAGUGUGUGGAGUUGUCCGCGAUCAUUCCUUUGAGGUAUGGUUGCAAAAAGUGUGUCAUGGUCGGAGAUCCUAAUCAAUUACCACCAACAGUGCUUUCCCAGAAGGCAGCCUCCUUCAAGUAUGAGGAGAGUUUGUUCGUCAGAAUGCAACGGAACAACUCAGGCUCUAUAUACCUCUUGGAUGUUCAAUACCGUAUGCAUCCUGAAAUUUCUGUCUUCCCCAGUGCCCAAUUUUAUAACUCCAGAUUAUCUGAUGGUGAUGGAAUGCAAGAGAAAAACCAACGGCUUUGGCACAGCAAUUUCCCACUUACGCCUUACAGGUUUUUUGACAUUGUCAGUCGUCAACAGCAAAAUCAGCAGACUAAAUCUUUUUUCAAUACUGCUGAAGCACGCGUUGCUUUAGAGCUUGUUGAGACUUUAAUGAAAAUUUUACCUGAGAACAAGUUCAAGGGAAGAAUCGGUAUCAUCUCACCCUACAAGGAACAAAUCAGAACCCUAAGAGACACAUUUCAAAGGAAAUUCGGGAACAUGAUCUUCAGUGAGAUUGACUUUAAUACUGUGGAUGGUUUUCAAGGUCAAGAAAAAGAGAUUAUCAUCAUGUCUUGUGUGAGAGCCAGUGAAAAUGGAAGUGUUGGGUUUUUGAGUGAUGUUAGGCGUAUGAACGUGGCAUUGACUCGUGCUAGAACAACUCUUUGGAUUUUGGGAAACAAGACAUCCUUGCGCAGAGACAGAGUCUGGAACAAGCUUGUCACUGAUGCAGAGUCUAGAUCAUGCGUCUCUUCUGCUCAGCCAGGUUUUUUGAAAAACUUGAAGAUGAGCGGUGUAGUAGCUAGUGGGGUUACUGAGUUAUCCAGACAUCCAAGGGUGGCUAAAGAUAUUCCAGAAACAAAAGCCAUCGAAGGAGACUCGCCAUUUGCGAGCCACGAUUACACCGGGAAGGAUUCUUACCGUCCAGUAAAUGACAGGUCCAAAAUCAACUCCCACAAGUCAAGAGAUAAGAACGGCGGAGGAGACUCCUGCUUACCUUCGUCUAGCCGUCCUGAAAAUGACACAGCUAGCGAUGCUGUAGGGAGAGAUUCGUAUCGUCCCGCAAGCACAGCUGAACAGCCGGUAAAGGACGCAUAUCGCCCGAAUGGCAAUUUGACUGGAAAGCCAACAUUUUCCUCUUUUCUCCAGCAAUCUACCAACAGCGUCCCUAGCAAAGUGCACAAAAGAAAACUUGAGGACAGCCAGGACCAACGGAGCGAAACACGCAAGUCAAAGAAGAAUCCACAUGUUUACAUUCAUACACCACGAAGUGAGAGCAACAUGCAAGAGCAUCUGAACGCAAACAGCCAAAACGCCAAAUCUGGCACAAAGAUCAUCUCCAAUAUUCCUAGUGGACCUCGCGCGCUUCCGAGCGAAGCGGGCGAGCAAAAAGCUGGACAAAUGCCCUCUGGAGCGGGGUCUACCGACCAGACGAGAGGGUAA